AUGAACUAUCUCUACUCAACAGUCAACACGCUGAGGGAUCGCUACACUCCCGUCACGCACACCUCGACCUUCCGCAACACCGGCCAAAUCACCCCCGAAGAGUUCGUCGCCGCCGGCGACUACCUCGUCUACAAGUUCCCGACCUGGUCCUGGAGCGACGCCGACAACGAGUCCCUCCGCGCCAGCUACCUUCCCCCCGGCAAGCAGUUCCUCGUCACGCGAAACGUCCCCUGCCACCGCCGCCUCAACGACGACUUUGCCGGCGACGCCGCCCACGAAGAGUCCAUCAUCAACGAGGGCGACGACUUCAAGAACAAGGCCGAUGCCGCUGACGACGACGGCUGGCUGCGCACCGGCGGCCUGGCGAGCUCGCAGCCGCUCAAGGCGCGCGAGGUCAAGACGGUAGAUGAUUCGGGCAACGUUGGUGACGAUGACCUGUACGGGCUGGACGACGACAUUCCGGACAUGGAGGACGAGGAGGAAGACGAUGCCGUUCUUCGCAUCGAGCCUGGCAACACCGCUCGACGUACAUAUAACCUCUACAUCAUGUACACGCCCUACUACCGAACGCCGCGUCUCUAUCUCUCCGGCUACCAGGCGAGCGGGCACCCUCUACCGCCCAUGAAGAUGAUGGAGGACAUUGUCGGCGACUACAAAGACAAGACGGUCACGCUCGAGGAGUUCCCAUUCUUCGCCAACCACGUCCGUAUGGCCAGCGUCCACCCCUGCAAGCACGCCCCCGUCAUGAAGUCGCUGCUGGACCGUGCCGAUGCUGCGCUGCGCCUUCGCAGGGAGAAGCUGAAAGCGAGCAAGAAGCACUCGGGCGAUGGAAAGGAUGUCGAGGGCCUGGCCAGCGAACUGGAGCAUCUGGACGUCAAGGGCGCCCAGGAGGCCGCUGACAAGGACGAGUGGGAAGAGGUGCAGGAGAAUGAGGUGGAUGACCAGGAGGUUGCCAUCCGAGUAGACCAGUACCUGGUUGUAUUCUUAAAGUUCAUGGCUAGCGUUACGCCUGGUAUCGAGCACGAUUUCACCAUGGGUGUCUAAGUACGCCAAUGAAUAGAAUCUCCGAGCAGAAGAGGAAGAAAGAGUUCUAUGACUGUUCGUCUUGAGCUUACCCGCUGUAGCCCGCUGCUUCUUCUAAUCUAGUCAUCUCACUCCCUUACUCGCCUUUUUUUUGGGUUUAUGCGUUUGCGGUAGGCGUUUUUGGAGGGUUAUUGCUGGGGAUGAUGGUAUAUUUGGUCGUUAUCCAUAUGUCAUCGUGUUUACGGUAGCAAAGAGUAAUAGAAAUGUUCAUUUCUUCUUCAUCAGGCUCCACUUUGGCGGGAGGGCAAUCCAUCCAGUAUACUACGAAUAGGUAUGCUUCCUCCUGCUCUAAAGUUAGUUAGUUUACAUACAAGUAGGUAUUUCGUACAGCCGACAUGUGGAGCAUGCUCCAUACAUACAUGUGCUGGAAAUUCAUACUUAUCUGGG